CCGUUGAGAAAAAUAGAGAAUUACAAUGGCUGCCGACUGGCUGAAUCCUAGCUUGUGCUUGAAUGAAAGAGAGAAACAAACCGAUGAUAAAGAAGAGUUAUUUGUGUUCGGAUAUGCAUGUAAACUCUUUAAGGAUGACAAGAGGGCAUUAUCUAUCGACCAGGGAUAUCAUCUUAUUCCUUGGAUGGGCGACGAAAAACUACAGAUAGACAGGUAUGAUGGGCGAGGUCACUUAUAUGACCUUAAGCCAUAUGACUCUAGUCAUGCCCAGCCCUGUGUACUGACCCCAGAGGAGAAGAAAUUGGAGGAGCUGUGUGACGAGGAGAGAUAUCUAGAGCUUCAUACAGAUGUAGCUGAAAAGAAGUUACAUGAGGAGGAGGAAUGGAAGCGAUAUUACCAGUCUCUCUCGGAGGGGUAUGGAGCAGUAGGAUUCAGCUAUGAACAGCAGCAGCAGGAUGAAUAUGCAGAAUACUAUCAAGCCAUUUCAGAAGAGGAAAAACCUUUCUCAGCUCCAUCUGAAUUGAAUCUUCCAGAGGAUAUUACCCCACCCAGUACAGAAAAAGGCAAUGCAAUCAUUUUGAAAACAGCAAAGUUUGUUGCGAAACAAGGAGCACAGAUGGAAAUCUUGAUCAAAACUAAGCAAGCCAAUAAUCCACAGUUUGAUUUUCUUCAUUUUGAAAAUCCACUAAACCCAUACUACAAGCAUAUGGUAAAGAUGAUAAAAUCUGGAAAGUACAAACCCAAGGAGGAAGCUAUUGAAGAAGAUGAUGAAGAAGAUGAAGGUCAUGGACAUGGAUAUCUCCACCCUAGUUUGAUGGCCACUAGGAAAGCUGCUCCAGCCCCUGAGGUGCCAGCAUAUAAAACUGUGGAGAUGCCCAGAAUAUCUGUACAUGACACUCCCUAUGGUCAGCUGAUUAAAUCACUGGUCAAGAAACAACAUCCUGACUCAAUUCACAGCUCCAGUGCAAACCAAGUUCCUGAUUAUGAGGAGGAAACAAAGCCUUUGAAACCGCCACCUUUACCACCAUUUUAUCGGGAUUCUAUACCUGGUGGGAGCCAACAUGCUCAUCCACCACCCCCGGGGAUUGAGCCUGUGACCCUGCCUACACAGACACAGCCUGAGCUCUUACCUCCUAGAACUGAUAUAGAGAGACCCAUUCUGCCUCUUAGAUGUACACAGGGUGUCAUGGAGGAGUACCAGUCUGACUCUCCCUCAAGAGGCUCCCCAGGUCCUUAUGAACCAAUUGUUCCACCUCCACCAGACAUUCAGCCAGUAAUUGACAGAAUGGCUAUGUAUGUGGCCAAAAAUGGAAUCGAAUUUGAAAUUGUGGUCAAGAGUAAAAAUGAUCCAAGAUUUGAGUUCCUUUUACCACAUCAUGUUCAUUUUCCUUACUAUGAUUUCAAAAAGCAGAUUCACAUGAGGGGGAGUUAUUAUAAAGGUGGGAAUCAGUUAAAUAACAGAAUGGCUAAAGUUACUGAGGAGGCAGCAAAGGAAAGAGAGAAGAGAGGAACUGAAAAACCAACCAAACUAAGUUUUUCUAUUAAACCAAAAGCCAAGGAGAAAGAGCAUAAGCAUAAAGAAAAGAAGAAGAAGAAAAUUUUUGAUAAUGAAAGCAGUGAAAAUGAUGCUGACUCAGACAGAGAGAAGUCCAGUGCCUCAGGAACAUCAACUCCCAUUGGGAUUGACUAUACAGAGGAGAGAGAGGAGAAACCACUAGUACCCCAGGAGGAGCGGGACCGAAAACUAGUUGAGGAGCGACUUAAGGACAAAUUAGCUCAGGCUGCCAGAGAGAAGCUGGUUCAGACUUCAAGGGAAAAACAGAUGCAAGCUGAAAGAAAAAGAAAGGCUGCCAUGUUUAUUAACAUGCUGCGUUCUUGUAAUUCAGGAGCAGCUGGUGAAGAGGAGGAAGAAUUUCUAAGAGGAAAAUCUUCAGAAAGGUCAAACCCUUCUACCACGCCAGGCUGUAGUCCUUACUAUGGGCCACUUGAAAGGGAUAAAAGCGAAGAAAUCAGUGCCAAAAAGCCUAAGAAGUCAAAACACAAGGACAGGUCAAGAAGAUCCAGGUCAAGGUCACCCAGAAGAAGGCGACACAGUCAAUCUUACAGCCCCCAUGGCAGCUCGCACAGAUCUAAUUCACCGAAGAGAUCUCGAUCCUCAUCUAGAAGAUCAAGGUCACCAUCAUAUAAAAGCAGUCAUCAAGACAAAUAUUCCAGAUCCAAAAAGUCAAAGAAAAGAAGAAGAUCAAGAUCAAAAUCUCCUGCUUCAAAACAGAGAAGUGACCUACCUGUUAGUAUUGACCUGACAGUGGAUGAUAGUCCAGAACCCCCAACCCCUAGUGUGUCAAAUGGAGAUUCUUCAUACAGUGUAUCACAGUUUAACAUGGACAGUAAUCAAAGCAGGUUGUUUGAAGAACAAGAAGUCUCCUCAGAUAGAUUAACAUUGAGCAUGGAGGGAGAAGACAGUAACAGUAAUGCCAGUGAUUCCAAAUCUAUAUCAGGGUAUAUGAGGGAAAGAGUAAGAGCUAUCAUCAAAGCCAGCAGAAAAGCUAUCAUGGAAGAAGAAGGAUCCCUGUAUGAUGAUACAUGAAGUUGGAUAUCAGAGACUUAUAAAAUGGAGAACAAAAUCUCAUUUCAUAAAUGAACCUCUUCAAGUCCAAGGAACUGUUUCCUUUUAUUAAGAGGGACAUGGGGAUGUGAUCAAAGUGUUUUUUAGGUUUACUAGUUGUAGACCAGAAGAGCGUAUGUAAUGGUUUUGUGUUUGCUGUCUGACAGUUUUUGUCUGAUUUCAUUAAAACUUAGUGGAAAAAUAGACCACAGUACCUGGCCUUAAGUGAGUCAUAUUUUUAUUUUUCCACUAUAUAUUUCAUUGAAAAUGCAUUUACUAAAAUACUAUUGCAGUGUUAGAAAUUUUUGUCUUGUCAAUUUUAUAAUUCAUUUUCAAUGAAUUUGUUUAUCUUUUUAUUUUGGUUUAGAAAUUCGAACAAUUCUGCAUGAUUCAGUGAAAAGAUCACGGAAAUUGAGCUAAAAUUGACUUCACAAGUGUUUUUUAUAACUAGAGCAAAGCUCGUUGCAAAGCAACGAGUAGGUCUUCCAUCCUGUUUGACCGGAAGUAACUUUCAUUUUUAAAAAAAAAAGAGAAAUGACGUCUCUAAUGAUUUAAAUGUUUCAAAUCUAUGUUGAAAAUUGCAAAAGUAAGCCAUUUUUUGCUACUUCCUGUUUUACCGGAAGUGACGUCGACGGACGGAAAAUUAAGUUUUAUGCUUCCAGUGACAAAUAUUUCCCCAAAACAUGUCAAAAACGGAAAAAAUAUGCAGUUUUGUACUACUUCCGGUUUGGCCGGAAGUGACGUCACAGGACAUAUUUUGAUGACAUCAGUAGAUUUUACCAGAGAUUUUCAACAACUUUGCUUCUUUGAUGUAUAACAAAUUCUCAAUAUUUUUUGAGAUAUCUGGAAAAAACUUUUGGCCCCUCUAGAUCCCUUAAUUUAGGGGUCAGCCCUUUUUCCGAGAUAUCAUUUGAAAGAUCUUGUAAUUCUGCACAAAUUAUGUUUUAUAUAUUUUAACAAAAUAAAAAGCAAAAUAUGAGUAA